GCUCUGGCUACCUCGCACUCUGCACCAUAGUCAUCUUCAAUAAACACACUCGCGAGUCACACAUCCGCGACGGUGAAGCGUGAACACGCGUUCAUUCACGAUUUUAAUCACAUUGCGUUUUAUUUAUUACGGAACUUUUAAAAAGUAUAAUAUUGAAUAUGAGGGUGUUGAUAAUAGCAACAGCAAUAACAUUACUGGUUGUGGAAAUAUUAGCCAGACCAGAACCGCCAGUUAGUCAAUACUUACCCCCAAAUCAGCUUUAUGGCCCGCCGCAGAGACCUAGUCUAAGUAACCCGAUUGCUUCGCCAGCUAAUUUCGGAAUCAAUCAGUACCUACCUCCUAACCAACAAUAUGGACCACCUGGUGCUGGCGGCGGUGGUGGUAGCGGUGGAUACGGCGACGAAUCAAACGGACCGGCUAAAUACGAUUUCGAAUGGAUGGUGUACGAUCAGCCGUCGGGUAAUGAUUUUGGUCAAAAGGAGAGUCGCGAUGGCGACGUGACACGAGGAAUGUAUUACGUACUACUUCCGGAUGGACGUCGACAAAGAGUUGAAUACGAAGCAGAUCGUGAUGGUUACAGACCGAAAAUUUCAUAUGUACAAGAAGGAACAGGAAUCGGUGGUGGAUAUCCUGGAGGAACUGGACCAAGUGCUGGUGGUAGUGGUGGUUAUCCAGGCGGUUAUCCCAGCGGUACAGGUGGCGGUUACAAUUAUUGAAUUAUCGAUUAUCAUAUUCAUAUAUAUAAAAUUUACACAAAAUUACCUCCAUCAAUUUCGAGCAUUAAACCAAUUCAAAAUAAGCAGUAAUGAAAACUUUAGAAAUUUCCGCAAACCCUAAAAAAUCUCCCAUAAUAUUUAAUAUCAUAUCACAUUGAAAUAAUUUUCAAUAAAUAUCACAAACGACAGUUAAUACAUUCAUGCAUUUAAACUUUAUACGGAAAGAUCAAUUUCAAGACAGUGGAAAUAAAAAUUUCUUUUGCCCCCCAAAAAGAAUUUCAAGUAUUAAAAAAAAAUAACUUCCUAAUCAAAUUCUUGUCUUGUAUCUUAACAAAUUUACGAUACGAAACUUCCUUUUCCUUGCUUACACUUGAAAGAAAUUUUUCUUUCCGGGUGAUUAUUAGAUUCUAGUCUUUUUCGCAGCCAGAGGGUUUGCUGGUCUAUAAAGUCUUACUGCUUCUGGUUGAAAUCGAAUUGGAGCAACCCCACCUGUAGAAAAUAAGCAUAGAAUUGUACAGUACAUUUUUUCCCCUCUCAAUUUUUUUUUCUCCUAUAAAAAUCUAAUUUUUGCUCAAUAAUAAUAUUUGGAUUUGUUUUUAUUUUUUGAGAUCGCAAUCAAAAUAAUUCAUGAAAAUAAAAAAUCUCUGUAACAUAGUUCAUUGCAUACGCGAUCGAAAUAAUACAAUGUAUAUUAAACAUUAUUAUUAUUAUUAUUAUUAUUAUACAUAUAUAUAUAUAUAUGAAUGUUAUGGAUUCGUGUAUAUGCAUAUUUUCAUGUAAGCUAGGCAGUUACUGUGUUUAUGUAAUA